UUCAUCAGGAUAUGGGAGGGGUGCUAGUCUUAUGAUAUGAUGUCAUAAUCACAUCAUGUUAUAAAAGCAUGCAUGGAAAGCAUGGAAACAUAAUUUUUUUACUAAAAUGGCAAGCAGUCUACAAAACAGCAGUCUAGAGUUAAUAUACAGUCAAGUAGCUAGAGCACCAGACCUACUAGGAGAGAAACUGACUCAGCCUCACCUAUUAACGUUACUGUGCUGUGAGUGUGGCUAUCCACUGACUGAUGGAGCUAGACAGACUAGCUGUGGCUGUCGUAUAUGCUCGUCUUGCUUCUCUCUCUUCCUGGAGAGUAAGGACACAGAAGCAUUUCUAUGCAAGAGAUGUAACUUUCCAUUCCCUCUCAACGAGUCAUUCAAAGACAGAGCUGUACAAAACGAACUAAAACUAGCUAAAUUUCCCUGCUUCAAUCCUUCAUGCUCCUGGAUUGGAACUAAUAUUAUGUAUAAAAGUCACGUUGAUUCCUGUAAAUAUUCUGUUAUUACAUGUCCUCAUCCUCACUGUGGCAUCAAAUUACUUAGAAAUGAAAUGUCUACACAUGUUUCUUCUUGUAUUUAUACUCCCUCUUCUUGUGAAUAUUGUCUCGAAACAUACCCUUCAUUCCAAAUUGAAAAUCAUCACCAAACCGAUUGUCCAGAAUAUUCUAUCCUAUGUUCAUCUGGCUGUGGGCAGAAGCUCCUUAGAAAAGAGUUAGGAGAUCAUCUUGCCAAUUACUGCCCCCUAACAGUGAGGCCUUGUCGCUAUACUAAAUAUGGCUGCCACAAAAAGGAUACUCUUGAUGGCUUGCUCAAACAUUACAAAGAUGAUUCCGGCUAUCAUCUUGGACUACUUGAGAAAACUCUUUCUGCUGGUGGCUCCCAACUCGAAGACUCAAGGAAGCAGCUGGUAGAAGAAACAGAGAAAAGAGUCCUUGAGUCAACGAGAGCAGAACUAACAGAACAAAAGGACGAGAUGGAAAAGAGGCUGGCACCAAUUUGCGACGGACUACUGAAAUGUGAAAUAAAACUGAGCGAGCUCCAGGACAGUUUCUCAGAGUUAUCCCUUCUCUUUCAAACUCUUCAAGCUACCAGUUACAAUGGUCAGUUCGUGUGGAAGAUACCCGAAGUUGAUAGACGUAGACACGAUGCAAAGACUGGCAAAACCGUGUCGCUGUACAGCGCACCUUUCUACACGAGCAGGUUUGGAUAUAAACUUUGUUUGAGAUUAUAUCUAAAUGGAGAUGGAUCAGGCAAGAACUCUCACAUCUCUUACUUCCUUACUAUAAUGCGUGGAGAAUAUGAUGCUCUAUUACCAUGGCCCUUCUCACAAAUGGUUACUCUGAUGCUCCUGGAUCAGUCUGGCUCUGGAAAGCAUAUUGUACAGUGCUUUAAACCUGAGCCUUCUUCAUCAUCUUUCUGGCAGCCAAAAUCAGAAAUGAAUGUUGCUUCUGGUUGCCCAAGAUUUGCUCCACUCUCUGUGCUUAACGAUCCAGCUUAUGUUAAGGAUGAUGCUAUGUUUUUCAAAGUGAUGAUUGAUGUUGGUAAUUUGGUUCAACCUUGACGAAACUGAAAUUAGGAGAAAAUUGAAGAAAAGAUUUAGGUAUCAAUUAUUCAUUAUUAGCAUAAUCGCUUUAUUAUUAUUGAUUCAUGUGUCAAGCUAUAUUAUUGUAAAUUAUUGUAUAAAUUAUGAGUUUCUGUUUGUGCUGUUUAUUAUUAAUUUUUUUUUGAAAUAUUAUAAUCAUUUAAUAUUAUAAUCAUUUAUUAGUUGCAAUUCAACUGUUCAACCAUCUUCACAUUCAAUUAUAGCACCACAUUCAGUUAUUUUAUUUAUUAUAGUAUCUAGCUCUUAUUAUUGUGAUUAUUAAUGUGAGCUGCUAUUGUUAUUUUCGUUAUUUAUACCUGUUGUAUUAUAUUAUCUUU